CUGUCAACAAUCUUAACAUUGGUUUUGUCAAUAUUGUCAGGUUUACGUGGAAGUUUUUGUCGUUUAUAUGAAAUCCCGAAAAUAUUUAUUAAUUUAACAAAAUUGCUUUCAGGUAAAUAACGAUGUCGGAAGAACAAACUCCUGAUCCUGGUGGAACCAGUAUAACACCUCAGGAGCUCAGCAAUGCGUCCGAUCAGCACCAAUUUGUUCAUACAGCUCAGCUGAAGGAAAUGUUGAGAAAUGAACAGAGCAACAUUUCACAGGAGAAGGUAGAUGAUUAUCUCAAAACUUUAAAUAAAGCGAGAGCCAAAAGAUCCAAAAUAAGGAGCGGGGAAACUUCUGGUAGCAGUAGCAACAUUACAAUAAGCAGUGCAAAUAUUGACGCUAAUAAAAAAGAGCGAGUUAAUCUACUCAGGCAGCAGCUCGAAGAAAACAAGGCUAGAUUGGCACAAAGAGGCAAAAGCCAAAAAGGAAUUGAAGAAAUGGUAAUUCAACUGCAAGCACAACUAAACGAUUCCCAAACAUUAGUCAGUUCAACGCCACUAAAUAUUUCACUUGUUGAAACCAAAAACUUAGAUUACAAUGAAAACACCCCACAAAAGGAAUUAUAUAAUAUUCUACUAACCAAAGAAAGAAAAAUUGCGGAUUUGUUAUCUAAAAGUGAGAAGCUAGAAGGGUCUGUAUUGGAUCUACAAGAAAAUCUUAAAGAAAAAGAUUCAGUAAUCGACGCGAGGACAAAGGCAGUCACAUUAAUGACUGAAAGUUUGAGUAAAAAAGGCAAAACUACAUUGGAUGCUUUGGAAGAAACUAAAGAUGAAAUGAGGUUGAUGCAAGAAUCAUUUGUAAAUUUAGAAGCAGAUAUGCAAGCUAGACAGUCGCUUUUGUUAAAUGAUUUAAAAGCAAAAAACCAGCAAAUUUAUGAGUUAAACGAGAUUAAUGACAAGUUAACCAGAAAUUUGCGAGAAAAACAAAAGUCAAUACGCGGCGCACCGUUCAGAGUCACAACUGCCGAAGGUCUGGAAGUUGAAGUAACCAGAAGAGAACUUGCAUUGAGGGAAGCAAUGAUUCUCCAUGAUGUUACUGCAGGUGAACCAGAAGGGGAGGACUUCGAAAAAAGGUUUUCUGAAAUCUGUGAGAAGGACGCUAAUUUGAAAAUUGCGGAACUAGAAAUGCAAUUGAAAGGUGCUUUGCUAAGAUUAGAGGAAAAAGAAGCCAGGAUUAUUUCUACACAAAAUGGUGCAGACUUGUUGAGAGAAAACAGAAUUUUACAUCAGGAAAUCUCAGAUCUGUAUGCAAAAAUCGAAGAGCUAGAAGGCACGGUAGUUCAACUACAGAAGUUUGAACACCAAUAUAUUGAAGCUGCAGAAGCCAUGAACAGGACUACUCAAGAAAAUGAAAAUUUGUUGAGCAGUCAUUCAAAUAAUCUGGAAAAAAUUGGAGCACUGGAAAAACAAUUGGCUGAUGCUCUGACAGAGUUGAAACUUUUGAAAAACACUGGCAUGAGCAAAUCCGUUAAAUCAGACAAAGAUGACGGUGAAAUUACGAAACUGAAAAAACAACUUGAGGAAAGUAACAAAAAUAUGAUUAAAAUGAGAGCAGUCCAAAAAGGAAAAAUCAAGGAGUUAAACAAGAAACUAGACCAGUUUAAAAAAAUGAAUGAUUCCAAUGUUUUAAUAACGCAACUGCAAAACGAAAUUGUUAAUCUUAAUGAGAAAAUUGCCGAACUGGAGGAUGAAAAAGGAAAUUUGCAGUUAAAAAUGGUUGAUUCCAGCACCAAUUCUAAAGACGAUUUUACCGAAAGUGAAGAGGAAAUUAAGCAACUAAAGGAAAAACUUAAUAAAACAGAGCAAGAAAUAGAUGAAAAGGACAAAGUGAUAGAAAUUCUAGAAGCAGAGGUUAUUUCGUUAAAAUCCGAUUUGCAAAUAAAAAGUGAACAGGAAGUCAAAGUAAGCAAUCAAGUUUCAUCGGAAGUAUCUUCGAUAUGUUAUGAAGAGCAAAUUGAAAAGCUGGAAUCAGAGAAAAAAGACCUUCUUCAACAAAUAAACAAUCUUAACGCUGAUAAGGAAAAUUUACUUCUCGAAUUAGAACUGGUCAAGAAGGAAAAGCAGGAAAUAAGUGCAAAGUUAGAUUUAUAUAUUCAGGAAAAUAUUGAUUUGAUAGACAAAUUGGAGAAGCUCAGCGCCGAGAAAGUUUCUUCUGUGGAAAGCAUCGAAAUAGUUGAAGGUUUAACACAUCAAGAAAAGCUAGAGCUGGCAGCUUAUCAGAAACACAUCAACCCUGAAGAGUCUCUAAAAUGCACAGAAGAUGAUGUCCUGGAACCGCCUGUUGAAUUAAAUGAAAGUGUUUUGCAACUAAGUGAAGAUACAGUAGAGUUACUGCAGAAAAUUGAAAUGUUUACUCAGGAGAGAAAAGAAGUUAUGCAAAAGAUGGAAUCCUUGAAGGAAGAAAAUAAUUCUCUAAAUAUCAAGAUUAAGGAAAUUGAAAACAACCGAGAUAUUUUGGAGGAAACAUACGAACAGGUUCAAAAUGAGAAGGACAUUCUUCACAAUGAAAAGGAGCAAUUGGCUGAGAAACUGCUUAAAUUGCAAAGAAAAGAUGAAGAAGUAAAGCCGGCGGAAGCGUCUACAAUCGUUUUAGACACCGAGCUAAAAGAGUUGCAGAUAAAAUGUGAAUCUUUGAUCCAAGAGAACGACAAACUGAAAUGUAAACUGAAAGACUUCGAUUCGAUAAUACAAGAAAAGUACGACAUUGAACAUCGAUUACGAGAUGUAUUAGAGAACAACACUAGUCUGGACACUAAACUAAAUUCUAACCUCGAUGAAAUUAACACCUAUCAACUAACGAUUGAAGAAAAUAAAACAGAACUUAUCAGUUCCGCAGGGAUAAUUAAUAAGUUACAGAAGCAACUAGAAGAACGAGAGCAGGAUAUUCAAGAGCUUCAUAUGAAUAUUAGUGAAUUAAACAGCGUUAUUAGUGAAUUGCAGAGUAAAGAGAGUCACUUUGCUGAAAUGGAAUCGGAGCUCAGUGAUUUAAAGUCCACGCUUAUGACACAAAUCACGCAAGCUGGUGAUUAUGAGUCAGAAAUCUCUCAGAGCAAUGAAAUUAUAAGAAAUCUUAACGAUGAAUUAGUGGCAGCAAACAGACGAUAUUUGGAACUGGAAAACGAGAUUGCACUAAAGCAGCAUGAAAUAGAAAAACUUACAAAAGAUGUUAUUAAUAAAGAUUCGUUAAUUGUGAGGCUACAAGAAGAUAUUGAGAAGAAAGACCAAUCAUUUAAAGUCGUCAGUGAGGAUAUGAAAGGAAAGUAUUUACAACUCAAAGGUCAAUUGGACGAUAACGAUGAUUCGCUGCAUCAACAGAUAACUGAGUUAAGCAACAAAAACAAAGACCAACUGGGGAAAAUGAAAAAAAUUGCAGCUAAUUUGAAGAAAAAGUCAGUGUUAUAUCAAGAGUUAGAAGAUCGUUACAAGGCAGAUGAAGAAAAAUGGAAAACUGAACAAACCCAAGCGAAAACGCAUAUUGAAAUCUUAGAAGAGAAAGUUACAUCUUUAACACAUGCUUUAGCAGCUUCUGAAAGCAACUUAGAGUAUAAUCUGCAACAAAUUGAAUUACUUCAGAAUGAGCUUCUUAGUUUGCGAGAGAAAUUUGAAAUAUUAGAACAAACUAAUGCCGAUCAGCAGCACUACAUUCAAAACCUAAAACGUAAACAAGAAAAACUAAGUGAAACAAGUCUGCAGCAGGAAAUGUCUGAUAGUCUCCAUGAAGAAGUGAAUUCCAGUUUUGCUAAACACGUUCCUGAUGAUAAAAUCAGAGAACUGGAGCUAUUAAUGGAAACAAACGAAUUGCAGUUAAAUGACUACAAAGAAAAAGUGGACAGGCUUCAAGAAGAUCUUCGAAAUCACCAAGACGCCAACGCCCAUUUGGAAGCGAUCAACGCAGAACUAGUUGAAAAGCUAAAAUUAACAUCGAAUAGUUUCAAAGAAAAGGCAUUGCUGCAAGAUCAAUUGGAAUUGCGCUUGGCUGAAAUAUCAGCAAAUGAUGAAACUCUUAGUAAAAGACUUCAAGAAACUCAAGUUGAACACAGCGAAAUACUCAAAAAAUGCGCCGAUUAUGAGGAGCUUAUUAAAAAAAUGAAAAUCAAACUGAAAAAGGCACACGAUAAAGUUACCGAGUUGAAGGCGAUGUAUGGAACUGUCCAGGAUUUGGAAGCUACAAAUACAUCGUUGAGAAAUCAAAUAACCACUCUGGAGGAAACUCAGCGACAUCUUCAGAAUGAGAAUGAAUCAUUACAAAAGAGAAUUUUAUCUGAUUAUGAAAAAAUCGAAACAGAUUAUCAGCUGCAACUACAAGAACUGUUGAAAAUAAAGAACGAACUGACAAUUGAUAAUGAAAAGCUAGUGGAUAGCGUUAAAGAUCUUGAAGAAAGGGAGCUGCAAUUAACAUCUGAAUUAGUUGACCAUAAAAACCGAAUUGAUGAAAUCGAAAAAACCAAAUCCGACGAAAUUAAACUUCUUUUGCAAGAUCUUAACUAUGCAAAGUUUAAGAAUGCCGAGUUAGCAAGCGAACGAGAUGAUGCUAAUUUAAAACUUCAAGUAUCGGUGACACAAAUUGUUGAGCUUGGACAAGAACUCAGUACCGCGCAAAACCAACUACUGAAUUACGAAUCUCAGCAAAAAUAUAUACAAGAAUUGACGAUGGAUAGGGAUGAACAGAUCGAGGCUUUAAAUCGCUUUAACGAUUUGCAUCAACAAUUCAUCGCUGAGUCGAGUGAGCUAAAACGUGCGCUCCAAAAUUCUGAGAAUGAAAUCCUGAAAGUUACACAGCAAAAAGCCCAGUUGGACAAAGAAAACGAACAGUUAAAGCAGGAAAUUCUAAGUUUAGAAUUUGAAAAAUCUUGUCUUGAAGCUUCUUGUCAAUCAUCGCAAAAACCUUUCGAACCACCAGUGACAGAGGCACUGAAUAGUCCUGCUGCAAGCUUGCAACUAACCGAAACAAAAAUAUUAGCUGACAGUGAAAAGUCGGUUUUUGAACUUGAAAUACUUCGCCAACAGUUAAACAACUCAGAGCAAGAGCUUCAAAAUGCCGUCGAGGAAAUAAAUGUCCUAAAGAAGCGACUGUGUGAAAAAUCUUCCGAAAAAUUUGUUAAAAAAUCUUUACAAAAAGAACAGGAAAAUUCAGUUUCAAGAGAAAUUGAUAAUAAAGUUAAUCAAAUUCCUCUAUUUAAUGCUUUUGCCGAACAAUCUGUUGCGUCUAGUUCUGUUUUUGAUAGUUUUGGAGCUACGGGGCAAGUUGAGACAAAUUGGGGGCGCGAAGUCAAUCAAUCUUUGCAAGUGGCCGAUGAUUCUCAAGCCACAGUGAGCAUUACCGACAGUCACUCAGAGCAAUCACAACAAGAACAUCCCUCAUUCCCUCCAGUUGUAGAAGAUGGACGCGCCGCAUUGUUACAAAAAAUAAAAGCAUUAGAGUUCCUCUUGUAUAAUGUCGAUAAAGAGAAAGAAAUUGCUCAGGAUCAGUGGACUGCAAUGCUGAAUGAGCUUACCAAAUUGAUUUAUAAAAAAUCAGCACCAUCCGAAGCGGCUUUGGAAAGUGAGAUUUUAUCACAGUCUACGGUUGACAAUUUGUCUAAUAUUAAUAAAAGAGAUUUGCAAUCGAUCGAAUUUACCCCAAUCAACACCAAUUUCGGGGAGCAAGCAACACCUGUGGCAGAAGAACUUGUGGAGCCAAAAUCAGCUUACAUGUGCUUUGGAGGAGGCGAGUUGCAUAAAGAAGAUGCUAAAAAAAUUGAGUCUCUUGAAAGUCAAAUAUUACCAGAGCAGGACGUCGCUGAAGCAGCUUUAAACAAGAAGGAACUUCAAAAGCUUGAGUAUGAAAUAGUAGAGCACAGUCUGGGAGAACAGCGUCAACCAGUAAUCGAACCACUUGUUAAACCAAAGCAUGCUUACCUUUGUUAUUCAAAAGAUGAUAAGCCACAAAGCCUAGAAGCAUUUGAAGAAAACGAUGAUGGAUGGGGGUGGGGUCCAGAGGAAGCUCGCCUUGAAGAAGAGCAUAUGAGUACUGUGGAAAAUACACCACAAGUUAAAAGUCUGCUUUUAGAGAUUCAACAGCUGAAAGAAAAUAUCAUGGUACUGCAGAUUGAAAGAGAAAAUCAUUUAGAAGAAAUAAAACAAUUGCAAAUAAAAUCAGGAAAACUUAUUAAAAAAUGUAAAGAACUCAAGUCUAAAACUGAACAAAGUGUGUCAAGUAAAAAACAGGACGACACAUCUUUCUUUGAUCUAAAUGAGACAAUUCAAGAAGAACUAAAAGCACAAGUGCAACAGCUUGAAAAGAAACUCAAGGAACUUACAGUUGAUCAAGAGAAAGAUAAAGUUGAGAAAAAUAAUUUACUAAAGAGAGUCGAUGUUUUAACAUCAGCUAAUGAGCGAAUGCUGGAAAUGAAAGAAAUUCAAGAUUCUGAAGUUUUUAGGCUUCGAAGAAAUUACGAUGAAAUUGCACAAAAACUACAAGAAAAUGAAUGGGGUAGUGAUGGAUUUGGAGAAUCUCAAAAGCCUUUGACCAGCCUGGUCAUGACGACAGACAUGUCAGCCGACGCAGAUCAGAUUACUAAAAUUAAGCAACUGGAAGACACAAUUAAAGAUCUAAGUUUGGACAAUGAAGAACUUCAAACAUUACUUGAAGAGCAGAAUUCUAAGAGGCUUGAAGCUGAAAAGCUGAAAAAUACUGACAACGAGCCAGAAUUAGUAGAAUUGAGGAAUAUUAAUGAAAAUCUUCAUAGAGAGUUAAGCGAAACAAAAACUCGAAUUGCCGAGCUUCAAGCGGAAUUGAAUCGACUCGAGAUAGAAAAAAGUGAUUUUAAAGGAAAAAUUUGUAACUUGGAGGACACACUCCGUCAACAAGAUGUCACUAUCCAAGAAUUAAAAGUAUUCAAUAGCCAAUCGCAAGGAAUAGAUCUAGAUGAAACAGAAGUUUUCGAUAUGAAGAACCAAACGUCUGGUCAUCAGGAAAAGUUACGAGCACAAGAGGAUAUAAUUGAUGAAUUCCAAAGCAAACUGCAUGAUGUUACCAAUGCGAAAUUUGCACUGGAUCUGAUAGUCCAUCAAUUGCAACAAGAUUCAAUGGCGAAAGUUGAAGAAAAUCUACAGUUACUAUCUAGUUUGAAAGAAAAGCAGCUCCAAACUGAGGAACUGCGUUUACAAGUUGAGAACUUAAAUGUUUCUACAAACGCUCAAGAAAGUGUCAUCAACAACUUAUCUGUUUCAGUAGAACAACUCAGAAGAGACAAAACAGUUUUAGAAGGCCACAUCACUGAACUUAACAAUAAGUUACAGUACAACGAAGAAGAACUUCUAAGGCUAGCAGCUGAUAAUCAACAAAAGGAGUUGAAUUAUCAGACUGUAGAACAAGAACUGCAAAGUAAGAUUAUGGAAAAUCAACAAUAUGAGAGUGUAAUAGAUGAACUGAAAACAAGAGUUUUAGAAAGAGAAGCGUUUGCUAUACAAAACAACAAACUGGAUGAAGAAACUCAAAAUCUUAGUGAACAGUUGCGCGUUAAAACUUUGGAACUAGAAGAAGAGGAGCAUAGCAUCAAAGAGUGGCAAUUGCAGCUAGAUGAAAAUAAGGCAGGGGAAUUAAGCGAGAUAAAUAAUAAAAUUCGGCAAACUGAGGAAUUAUUUACCGAAAAGUUGAAUAAGGAUGCUGAAGUAAUACAACGGCUUUCUACAGAGCUUGAAAAUAAAGAACAUGAGUUUCAAGAACGCAUGGAUACAUUUAUUAGUGAACUCAACGAAAACUGGAAAGUUCAGUCCGACCAGCGAGCUUGUGAGGUGGAGGAAACUUAUAAAAGACAUCUAGAAGCGAUGGAUAAAGAAUAUAUUUCAGUUCAAGAGAAAAUGAAAUUGGAUAUUGUGGAGCUGCAAGAAAAAUGUAAUCUUCUCGUGAACGAAAAUAACGAACUCAGAAAAAAUGUUGACCAAGAAAUAAGAAAUGAAGUUGAUAAUAAAUCAGCCAUGCAACAUCAAAUAUCAAAUUUGCAGAAAACCAUAAACUUGUUGAAUGAGAAAGUCGUUGAAAAAGACAAACAAAUCGAAGAGCUUCAGAAUUAUUUAUCAAAUUACACUUUGCUUGAGAAUGAACUGCAUGUUCUAAGACGUGAGAAUGCAGAGAAAGAAACUAAGCUGGCAAGCAUAAAUGUUAUUAUAGAAACGACUCAAAAGCAGUUUGAUGAAAAACGCGAAGUGAUCGAAGAAAUAGUAUCUAUUUUGGAAAAGCAAGCGUUAACGCCAAUCUCUUAUGAAAAGCAAGAUGUCUUGUGCGAGUUACAACGACAACUGCAACAAGCUACUGGAAGAGAUGGAGAAAUAAAAACGUUAAAUGAAGCAAUCCGCGAAUUAGAAUCCAAUUUAGCUAGAUCGUCUGGAGAGAAAGCUCGUGAGAUUACAGGCCUCAAUCAGGUAAUUGAAGAUUUGGAAAGAGAGCUUAGCGUUAUCCAUGAAAAAGAAGCUGAGAUAGUGCGUUUAUCAACAGAACUCAAACUCGUUUUAGAGGAAAAAGACAAACUUACUUAUGAAAUUGCAUUAAACAAGCGCGAAAAGGAGGCAUUGAAUAAUGACUUGGCACAACUAAAGACUGAACAUUCACAAUGCUUAAUAACUAUAGAAGCUUUGAAGCAAAGUAUUGAAGCAUCAGCGAAUACACAUCAAGUCUUACAAAAGACUCUCGAUGAAAGAUGUAAAGAGAUACAUGAUUUGAAUGAGAGUGUAUUUGAGUUGCAACAAGGUGCUCGAAACGACAGCAAUGAAGAGGUGGAAAGUAUGUACUCGGAUCUUUCAAAAAUGAAGGAGGAAUAUUUAACUUUACAGGGCUAUCUAUCUGAGUGGCGUACAAAGCUAACGGAUUCUAAUCAGCAAUUGGCUCAAAAAAUUCAAGAACUCCAAGUCGCAAAUGAGAAAAUAAUUCAUUAUCAACAAAGCUACGAAGAAUGUGACGAAAAAAAUAAACAGCUAAAAAAACUUAUGGAUCAACAAGAAAUAGAGUAUAAUAACUCUUUGGCUAUGUUGAAAAAUAGUGUCGCAUCUGACGUGCAAGACCAUUAUAAUGAAUUAGUAUCCAACAGAGAUUUAGAUAUUGACACUCUGAAAGGACAAAUUCAAGAACUGAUUGCUGCCAAUCAGAGUUAUGCUGAGAGAUUGAAUCAGGAAAUAUCUGCAAAAGAACAAAUGCAACAACAGCUAUUUGAAAACAAUCAGUUGGUUGAUGAGGAUACCAAACAGCUCGAAGAACUUAAAUUAAUCAUAGAGGACCAAGUAGCAAAAAUUGAACAACUUAAAAAGGAACUUUUUGAUAAGAGCAACCAAUAUGAUAGUUUGAUUGCUGAAAUGGAUGUUGGUAGACUUCCAAUUACUCGCCAGCCUUUAAGUGCAGCACCUACAGCUCCUGUUGCUGAUACCAAACGGCAAUAUGAGGAUGACGAUCUUUCAGCACCAGCUAGUAGAGCGGAGUUGGAUGUUGCCUUGUACAUGUUACAUCAACGUGAUGUUAGAUGUGAAGAAUUAACCGUGGAGUUAACGCAGUUACUAGAAGAGCGAGAUAUACUACAGUUGAGAUUAUCAAAUGCAAUCAGGGAAAAAGAAGAGCUAAAAUCACGUCCAGAUGCCAGUUCAGCAGAAUCAUCCAUAUUAGAUAGCGCUAGUCAAAGCGAAAACAAGCUAUUUACUAGUUCCUUGUUAGAUGCCAGCCCAGAAUCAACGAAAGAUCCAUUGGAGGGUGAAAAGAACUUAGCUUCAAAGCUGUCAGAAUUGAGGAAUGUCGGUUACAAAAAGGACAAAACGUUCGUAGAUGAACAGGAUGCCAGGAGAAUGCAGCAACUAGCUAUUAUGCAAGAGCAUAUAAAUGAAGUGUCGAAGCUUCCACCAGAAGCAGCUGCCAAAUUAGUUGAUGCCAGUUACACACUUUCUCGUGAUGUGCAAAGUCCUUCCAAAGUCCUCUUAAAUUGGCUUUGGGGAAAAAACCCUCCAAAAGCAAAUGAAUCAUAGCAUCCAUUUCAAUUACAGUAUACUAUAUGAAAUUAAUUUCCAAAACACCGGGAAAUAAAUUUGUAUUACUGGUGAAAUGAGUUUCGCAUAAACCACAUUUGAACUGUUCGCAAAGGGCCAAGGUAAAAUGUUGCUAUUUUCAUAAAUAUUGUUGAUAGGAUGUUUGGUUACUAGAACUUUUUAUGUUUGUUAAGUGCAACACAAAAGGAUCACUUCAAGCUCUAUGAAAAUUGGCCCUUAAAUGUACAGUAGUGUGAUAUGGUAGUUCCGUUUUUAUAUUCUACAUGUAGGUCAAAAGUUUACCACCAUUAAAUGUUUUAUGUAUUAUUUGGUUAAAA